AUGGGGAGGGGGCAGCUGUCGGGGGGCACCUGGGGGGCCCUGGUGCUGCUGGGACUGAUGCUGCCGGCGGCACCGGCGGGCGCCUGGUACAAGCACGUCGCCAGCCCCCGGUACCACACAGUGGGCCGCGCCUCGGGGCUGCUCAUGGGGGUCCGCCGCUCCCCCUACCUCUGGCGCCGGGAGCUGCCGGCCGAGCCCCCUCCCCGGCCCGCGGGAGCCCCAUCACCGCCCCCGGACCGCCCGCGGGCCGGGGAGACCCUCCCGAGCCAGCCCCGAGCCGGGGAGAUCACCCCACCGCCGCCCGACCCCGGCCGCCUCCUGCAGCGUCUGCUCCGGCGGGGCUGGGGCGGCCCCCGCCCGGCCCCCCCCGGGCCCCGCGCAGCUCAGCUUCUCCCGCCGGCAGACGCGGCUCUGAUGCGCUGA